UCCCGCUUUUGUGCACCGCCCCGCGUCCCGCUGCCGCCGCCGCUCCGGAUCCCGCCGUGCCGCGUCCAGUCGAGCGUUGCCGAGCCGAGUCCCCGCGCAUGGCCCCCCGCGGGUAGCCGCUCUCCGGACGGGGUGGAUGCUUGAAAGUGGAGGAUAAGGUACAAGUGCCUGGGACCGGCGGAAUGGAGGCCUGAUGUAGAUGGAAAGAUGGAUGAAGAAGAAGCUCUGAACUCUAUUAUGAAGGAUUUGGCAGCAUUGGGCAAAUGUGGGGGAUUGCUGGACAACAACAGGAAUAAAAACUGUGUCUACUCCAGCAAACAGCAGCGAAAUGUCAGGAUCAAGUUUGAAUAUGAAGGAGAGAAAAGGAUCAUCCAGUUUCCAAGACCAGUCAAAUUCAAAGAAGUGGUGCAGAAAGUCACGGAUGCUUUUGGACAGACGAUGGACUUAGUCUGCAUGAGCAAUGAGCUCCUGAUCCCACUGAAAUCCCAGGAAGACUUGGACAAAGCGAUGGAACAGUUGGAGCUGAGCCCUUCCCUGAAGAGCCUGCGGAUCCUUGUGAGCGCUCCAAAGAAAGCGAAUCUCCUCCAGCCAAACAACAGCAAGCAGCAUGAAAUGAGAAUCUCCAGAUCCAUGGGAGAUAUCAUGGGAUCCCUGUAUAAGGACUCUGAGAGGACACGAAAGUAUUCUACAGGCUCUCUGCACACUGGCCGGAGCUCUCCACCCCCAGGGAGUGUUCCUGAGGAGCAGCAGCAGAUCGCUCGCCAGGGCUCCUACACCAGCAUCAACAGCGAGGGCGAGUUCAUCCCCGAGACCAUGGAUCAAAAUAUGCUUGAAGCUUUCAUCAGCCCCGAUGGGUCGAUGUCUGGGAGCUGCCAGUCUCUGGACAGGUCUGUGGACAGCCCUCCCUUUACACAAACCCCUGUUCCUGGAAGGAAGAGUCAUCCCAAAGACGGUCUUGAUUGCAUGGAUUUUGACAUCCCAAUCUGUGAGAGGUUUGGGAAGGGGGGGACCUUCCCGAGGCAGUACCACCUCUCCCAAAGUCGCAAGGACUACAGCGAUGGCCGGAGGACUUUCCCCAGGAGUUACUUCCCACAGGAAAACCUUUUCCAGCUUGUCCCUUCCAGCCGGACCAAGAGCUUUACUGGGGACAGCAAGCUCAGCACUUUGCAGUACGAUGAGUACAGGCCUAAAUGGUGGAACAAUUGUGAAAAGGGUCUGCAGGUCUUUAGCACCUCCCCUACCAAAGCUCGGAACUCCCUGCAGGCACCUGUGAACUGGAGGCUGGGGAAACUGCUUGGAAGAGGAGCUUUUGGGGAAGUUUAUCUCUGCUAUGAUGCUGACACUGGUCGUGAGCUGUCAGUGAAGCAAGUGCCAUUUGAUCCUGACAGUCAGGAGACAAGUAAGGAGGUGAAUGCCUUGGAGUGUGAGAUUCAGCUGCUGAAGACGCUCCGUCAUGACAGGAUAGUGCAGUACUACGGGUGUCUGCGGGAUCCAGAGGAGAGGAAGCUGUCGAUCUUUGUUGAAUACAUGCCAGGGGGCUCCAUAAAGGACCAGCUCAAAGCAUACGGUGCUCUGACUGAGAACGUCACUCGGAAGUACACCAGGCAGAUCCUGCAGGGAGUCUUCUACUUACACAGCAAUAUGAUUGUCCACCGGGACAUUAAAGGUGCCAAUAUUUUGAGAGACUCUGCUGGAAAUGUGAAACUUGGAGAUUUUGGGGCCAGCAAACGCAUCCAGACCAUCUGCAUGUCUGGGACUGGGAUUAAAUCUGUCACAGGAACACCAUACUGGAUGAGCCCAGAGGUUAUCAGUGGAGAAGGAUAUGGAAGGAAAGCUGAUGUGUGGAGCGUGGCCUGCACCGUGGUGGAGAUGCUAACAGAGAAGCCGCCGUGGGCAGAGUUCGAAGCCAUGGCAGCUAUUUUUAAGAUCGCCACCCAGCCGACCAACCCCCAGCUCCCCGACGGCGUCUCCAGCUCCUGCCGCAACUUCCUCAAGCAGAUCUUUGUGGAGGAAAAGCGAAGGCCGACGGCUGAGGACCUGCUGAGGCACCCCUUCGUCAACUGCGGGCUCUGAGCCCUGGCUGGAAAGUACUGACGGGAGGGGGGAUGGCCGCCAGAUCCACGGCCCUUUUGCACUCUGCAUUCAGACCUCAGCACUGGGCCAUCCUGGUGGUGGCCCCACAGGUCACUUCUUGCCCGUCACUACCUUGGUGGCUGCUGCCUUGUUGAAUUUUGAAGCCACGCACGGGACGGUCGGAGGCUGGGGAUGGUGGCCACCACCGGGAGUGCAGAACAGGACUUCCCAGACAUCCCAUUUGUGUCAGCCCCAGAGCGAGCAACCUCCUGCCAUCAGCAGUGCUGCGGGGCAUCCCCGCUCACCAGGUCACUUAUCUCUUGGGAAAAGUGCAUUGGAUUCAUCCGUCCCCCUACCAGCAACCGCAGGACCAGCGCAGAAAGCAGAUGUGCAUCACUGCUCCCCACAGAGAAACACACCAGGCUUCUGCCAGGCUAGAGGAGAUGAUCCUCAGACUGCAGAGUUGGGGGACCCAGGUGUCACAAGGGGGAGGGAACCCGUCUGGAAGCGGCAGCAUCUCCAGCGGUGCGGCGUUCAAUACUGAUCUGUGCCUUAAGCGGUUACAAUCAAGGAGUGAUUUGUGCUCGACUUGGCACGAAGCAUGGAGUCGGGCACAAUUAGCAGCAGCCAUGUUGACAGUGUGCGUGUGUGUGUGUGUGUGUGUGUGUGUGUGUGUGUGUGUGCGCGUGUGUGUGUGGAGCUGCAGGAGGGACCCCUAAAAUUAGACAGAGAGGAGCUGCUGGGUGCCCACCACUCCAAGUGGCAUCAGCCCUGCAGGAGAAAGUUUAAACCACAGUUGGGUUCCGGUCUCUUUGACCAACACUAGUCUGCUGGAAAACCUUCAGGGGGUAAACACAGGGUCCCUGGAAGCCAAUGAGUGUCUCAAGUUCUUGACAGGACAAGGGGGAAUGGUUUUAAACUAAAGAGGGGAGAUUUAGAUAAGAUAUUAUGGGGGAAUUCUGCAUGAUGAGGGCGGUGAGGCCCUGGCACAGCUACCUGGAGAGCUGUGGGUGCCCCAUCCCUGAUGAUGCUCAAGGCGUGGUUGGAUGGGGCCCUGGGCCGCCUGAUGUGCUGGGGAGGCUCAUGGCUGGGGACUGGAUGGGCUUUAAUAUCCCUUCCAAUCCUUCUAUGAUUGCAUGAUGCCACAACUCUACAAAAUCUGCCCCCUUUGGAAGGCCUGGUCCCCUGGCUCAUGUGUGUAUGUAUGUGUGUGUGUGUCUGUGUAUGUACACAUGUGCAUGUAUACAUGCACGUGAGUGUGACUCGCUCCUCAGGUGCCUUUGCCUUUUAAUUUUUUAAAACCCUCGCAGUGUUCUGAUGUACAAACUAGGAAAAGAGAAUGUAAUAUUAUGCCAUGUAAAUUUCUUUUAUAUAUAUAUAUUUUAUUUCGGCCAUAGUGUGUGAGAGCUCUCCGCGCUGUCUCACCGUGUAGCGUAGAGAAACGUUUUCCUUUCGUCGGGAAAAGGCUCCAGUGUGAUAUUGUAUAUCAUCUUUACCGUGUAGCCUAUACAUCUGUAUAAUUCCUUCUUAUUGGGCCAGUUAUCAGUAGGCAACCACUGUACAUAGGGAGAGCUGUGCCAGGGCAUGACGGGGCCUGCAGAGCCCGGAGUGAUCGCCCUGAGCAUCCAGGGCUGGCGGCUGUACCCCAAUAAUGAACCCGUGCGGCUC